GUAAAUGCUAAACGUUGAACUGAACGUGUCAGAUCCCUGCAAAAAAAAGCUGGGGGCAGCAGUAGUAUGGGGAACACGCAAAACCCGGCCGUGAGCACUCUCAGUUCCUCUCUGUUCUAGGCAACUUUUCGGAUUGACUGUAUUCUACCGCCAGGUGGCAAUAAGAUUUUAGAACAUAUGGUUGGCUGGGUAAAUGUAUAUAAUAUAAAUCACCACAUUUAUAAAUAUUAAUGUAGAUAACGUGAAUUAAAUCUUAACAAUGUUAAUAUUGCUCAUACGAUCCUAAGUUCAAUUGCCGUCCGUGAACUUCAUCUAGAAUCAACAUCUGAAUUCCUAUGACUUCUCGUUUCUCAACUUGCGGAAUGUUUACAGGAAUAUUCCCUUUUAAAUAUGAAACAUAUGAAUCUCGUUCACGUUUCUGAAUAUAUUUUAAAUUGCACAAAAUGUUAGAGACCAGAACGUCCGUGUGUAAAAGAUAUUUAACCGAAGCUACAAUAGCCUUGCUGUGCGUCUUCAUUUUCUGUGAAUAUUUAUUGUAUUAUGUCGUUCUCAUUCAAUGCUCGUGGCCAAUUUUGGAUCCACGUAAAAUUGAUGUAACGAUCCCUGAACCAAAACUAGAAGAAACUCCUGUGCAUGCAAUGUUUAUUGCAGACACUCACUUAUUAGGUCCUAAAAAAGGACAUUGGUUUGAUAAACUGAAAAGGGAAUGGCAAAUGUACAGAGUAUUCCAAACUAUGAUUACACUUCACAAGCCAGACAUCAUUUUUAUAUUAGGUGAUUUGUUUGAUGAAGGACAAUGGAGCAGUUCUACAGAGUUCGAUCAGUACAUGCAAAGAUUUCAUUCGUUAUUUUCAGUACCUAAGAACACUCAUCUUUACGUCGUUGCUGGAAAUCAUGAUAUUGGAUUUCAUUAUGCAAUCACACCGUAUUUGAACCAACGUUUUGUUAAUGGUUUUAAGACGCCAAGCGUGAAAAGAGUUACUAUGAGGGGGAAUCACUUCGUCUUGAUAAAUAGCAUGGCUCUAGAAGGGGACGGUUGUUUCUUGUGUAGCCCCACAGAAGCUGCAUUAAAUAAAAUUGCCACACAUUUGAAAUGUGCGAAGAAUAAUGGGAACUAUUGUAAAGGUAAUACAAUUUCAAGAUACAGCAGACCAAUUGUUUUACAGCAUUAUCCGAUGUAUCGGGAAUCGGAUGAAAUUUGCAAUGAGUCUGAUCAAGCCCCGGAUGACAUAAAAAGCAUCAAGUUCAGGGAACGAUGGGAAUGUUUAUCGAAGGAAGCAUCCGAACAACUUUUGGACAUACUGAAUCCGAGACUUACAGUAAAUGGCCAUACUCAUCAUGGCUGUAGGAGACUGCAUAGAAAUGAUAUAUUGGAAGUUACAGUACCGUCAUUCAGUUGGCGUAAUAAAGACAAUCCUUCGCUCUUGCUAGCAAUCGAUGAGAUGGAACAAAGGGAUCUCCCACAAGCGUUUCGCUUGCUCGGGGAGAUGAAUGCCAAUGUUUUACAAGUGAACCAGCUUGUAGACAAUAUGUUAGUCCGUGUCAAGAAUGGAGAAAUUUCUACAGACAAGGGUCUUAGUUUUCUAGAAAUGAAAUAUCAUAUGUUACUAUCUUAUUUGAUUAAUUUGACGUAUGUAGUUCUGAGAAAAUGUUCUGGUGAACGUAUAGAAGGAGACCCGUCGAUCGAUCGCUUAAUCGAAAUAAGAACUGUCCUAGAGAAAAUCCGACCAAUAGAUCACAAAUUAAAAUAUCAAAUAGAUAAACUUGUUAAGACUGCUGUAACUGGUACUAUUAACAGUGACGAUCCAACUAAUUUUAAAGCAAACCCAGACGCAUUUGAUAGUAACGACGAAGAAUCUGAUAGCGAUCAAGAUGGUAUAGAUGGUUUUAAAGCAUCGCAGGCAAGGAAGUCUAACAUCUAUGUACCACCAAAGCUUGCUGCUGUACAUUAUGACGGAGAUGAGACACUUGCUGAGAAAAUGCGUAAAGCGGGUGAGAGAGCCCGCAGACGUGCAGUGUCAGGUGCUGUUUUGAGAGAGUUAAAGGAAGAAUAUUUAGACGCGCCUAUCGAGGAUACACACGGUCUAGGCGAGAAACAGGCCAGCCUAGGUCGCGAGAAUAAGCGAAAGGUAGAAUACGAGGAGAAUUACAUGACGCGUUUGCCUGUUACCAAACAAGAAAAACACAGACAUCGCCAAAUGACGACUAUCGGUACACUCGGAGAAGAGAUUACAACAUUCGGGGAAUCGUCUUCUGUGUCCGCUAAAAAGAGGAAAGCUCAAAAAAAGGGCAAAGCUAAAAAAAGUUUCAAGAAAAAACGGCAUCAUUAAAUCGAGUUCAUAAAAAUUUGAGAAGCUGGAUUUCGUACAGCAUUAAUAAUUAAGGUAAAGCGCAAAUUUACUUCAAUUCUUCUUCGACAAACGCAGAUGCCAUUAAUACUCGUUAAUAAGUUAAGCUAAAUAACUCAUAAAUAACUAGUAAUAAAAAAACAACCGUCGACGGUGAAAUAAAAUAGCACGAUGGUAAUUUAUUACUACAUAAGACAUACUAAUGGUCGUGUAAUUGAUAAUUAUAGUUAAUAAUGAUUUUAAUCUUUAAUUGUUGUCUAAAAUCAAUUUUUAUCUGUGGAGUUGAAAUGUUCCAUGAAUCAUAAGAAAUGAUAUUCCGACGAUAUGAAGUAACGCGAAGAAUAAUGUCGAGGUACAUACGAGCUUAACUAAUAAAAAAAGAGAAAAUUUUACGUAUAAUCGUGACACAGUUAAUCAAAUAAUGGAUUUCGGCUCCAAGAUCGAAAAUUGUAAGUUAAACGUACAAGUUGAAAGCAGAAGAACUUUCUGCUUUAUUUUGAGAUAUUCUCCAGCUAUAGAUGAGAAAACCAGUAACAUAGCAGAAGGGGAUUAACUGUUACAGAAGCGUAAAAAAUCACAAGACAUUCAAUACGAGAAUUAGAGAAUUCAAAUUUAAUAAGAGGAAGAGGAGAAAAAAAUUAACUUUAGAACUUGCAAACAUUCAGCAAAUUCUAAACUAACGCUCAUCGUGGGAUGUCCCGAGUCUUAGGAUUUUCUCGCUAUUUUAGAGUAGUGUAGUAGUUAAUAGUUUUACUAUUAUAUGUACGUUUCGUUUGUGUUUUUCCCCUGGUAAAACUGUUGAGGCUAUUAUAUCUCGAUGUGAGUCAUAUUUUACGUUAAAUUUAAUUUCUUUUUACAAUGUGUCCAUGCAUUGUAAUUGUUGUUUUAACUUCGAGGUUGAUUUGAUUAAGUUGUUAAACUUAUAUUAAAAGUAAUAUAAGGAUAACACGAAUGUGUCAAAAUUCAAAAUUGAUAUUGUCAAUUUCUCGAUGUCUAUUUUAAGUUUACUGUAUUUAGUUUUUGUCGGGAGGGGGUAUAUGUGAUAUUGAAAGAAAAACAAAUAUACGAAGACUAGAGCGAAAGUCACUUCUGCAAUAGACUAAAGGAGUUUGUACAAUCAAAUUGUAAUGAAUAUCCGUCUCUUGUGGUUAAAUAGGUUCCAUUUUUUAUGUGUCAGAGAUGAUAAUAUACUUUGGGUGUGUUUUGAGGCCCAAGAACAAUGUUUCCUUUUCGACGCGAAAGAGAAAUGCAUUUAACACAGAUAUCAGAUCUGGACACUUUUGUCCAGCACGCGUUCCUGCAGAAGUGAUCCGCGUUACCUUCAAAAGUACUAAUUCGCUGUAUGCUAACCAAGGGCUCAACCAUCCAUAGAUGUUAUAUUUUUUACAAAAGUGUUCAUAGAUUGAGCUAACUUGGUGACGCAUAAUGUUACAUGUGCCCUCUCUUUUUCAAUCUGUGAAGACGAUUAAAAUGUGAUAAAUUAUUCAUGAAAUAAUAGUUAAAGAAACUAACGGAAUAGCACAAUUGCUGGGCAUUAUUUACAAGUGCUAGCAAGCCUAAUGUCAGCAGCCUUGUCGUAUUUGGUAAUGAAGUUGGGAUACUGAAUAGCGGGAAGAUUUUGAUUAAUAAUUGUCAAGACGUAUUUACAAAUGGUCUCAUGCUCGUUUCACGUACGGCAUGUACAGAAAUAAUUAAGACGAAAUUUACAAUAGGUUCUCAAAAUUUGCCCGACAUUUAGUUUUCUCAUACUUAAAACAUAGAUGAUAAUUUUUUAAGCACACUUACACAACUGAAAUAACUGUAAGUCCAAAAUAUCGACGUACGCGAGAGCACGAUAUUAUAUGUACAUAUAUUUCUCAUUUCUAUAUUCUCGAAACUGUUUAUAUAUGCUCGUUGGAAAAGACGCAACAAAUAGAUCUGAACAGAAAUGUUUUCAGAAACACCUACGAAUUGCAUCUGUUUACUGCAAAGAGUGCUGCAAAACUGUUUCCUACAUGUUUUCACAUAUUUUGGACUUAUAGUAAAGGUGUAUGGGUGCGAGAAAUAUUCAUGUGAGACACAUAUCCGCACACAACUUAUAGCAGCAAAGUAAUAGGAUUACAUUGAAUAACACUACCUCAAAUCAAUAGAAAUAUGGAUUUACAAUAAUGGAAACUGCGUCAGUUACGUUUACAUCGUUGUGUUAUAUUGUUCAUUUAAUAACGUUUUAUAUACCGUAAUUUCGUUAUAAUGGGAAACACAUUAUGCCUUACGAAGAGAAGUAUUUAAGGGAUUUGUUAUCUUCGGCCCGCGUGGCGGGUCGCGAAUUUUUUAGCUAAUGUACAAAUGAGACGCAAAAUAUGUAAACGUUACUGCGGGCAGGGGGUUUAAAAGUAGUUCUUCAAAUUCAACAACGCUGCCGAAUACUAAACUAAAAAAAAUGAAUGGGAAAACGAAAUAUCUUUGUAGCAAGGGAAACGAGAUAAGGAUGGUUUAUUGACUACAUUCAUAGUCUGAAGAAUGUAAAAUUUUAUUUGAUAAAUUUCCUAUGAUUUAUUAAUUCUAUUAAGACAAUUCAAUGUGUGUGAGAGAUAAAAGAGAGCAAGAGCGUGCGCAAGAGAGAGAAUUACCUGUAUAUUACAAAUGGUUAUUACGAAUGAUUAUUAUGAAU